AUGUGGAAAAUCCUGAAGAAAUUGAGAAACAGGAACAAGAAGAAGUCGACAGAGCUUCCUAAAAAUUUAUACAGCAUGGUAAAGAAAUCCCUAAACACGACACACAACGCAUUCAUAAAAGAGGCAGGGCAAGGGGUGGAAUUUGAAUGUGAAACAAGGACCACCCGAUCCAUUUUGCGAUUAUUUCCAAGAGCCACAUAUCGCUGGACUCUAAAUGAUGGUCCUCUUACCAUGGAACCAGAGCGAAUGGUAUUCCGGAUGGGAGACCUUAUCAUUCAAGGGCUAAAGGCAACAGACACAGGUCUUUACUCCUGCAGGCUGCAUUACACCGAAAGAAAGGUUAUCACGGUCGGCGUUUUCUCGCUGUAUGUGAAUUCACAGUAUCAAGCGACACGCGUGAUUGAAGGGAGGGAAAUCCAUUUACAGUGUAACAGUCAUUUGUUAGGAAUAUUGUAUUCGGGGUCUGUCAAGAAUUGGUACCUUAACGGGGAAUUGACGUCACUUAAAAAGAUUCCCGCUAUACGCAAAUACAUCGACAUCAUCAAGAAGUCAUCUGCACAGUCACAGGGAAAUUGGACAUGCGUAGUUCACAAUCCCGUAAGUGGAAACAAUUGGACAACCGCCUUUUAUAACAUCACACUGCUCCCUGCACCGACAGGAUUCGCUUAUAUUGUUGAUUAUGCCAAGCACAAUAUAAAGAAAUCUAUUUUGAUUACCAUAGGGUUCUUCUGCGUUGUAAUGGUGAUAUCUUCCAUCUUCAUCGACAUGGUAGACAAAAAGAAGAAGUUACAACGCAAGUUAGAAAAACGAAUACAACAUGCGUUUUUAGAAGAAUCUGGGGUGGGACAUUACGACAACGAUGAUAAUUUCUGUUACACUGACAAAGAUGGCAACGUAGUAGUCUGCAAAGAGUCGGACGAUGAUGAAGACGAUUCAUCAGGGACCUUCAGAAGCAAAAGGAAGAAUGUGGGGAAGAAAGCUUUAGAGAACACCAAGGCUCUAAUAGAGGGCGACGUGGGAGAGAGUGAUGAAAAUGAAAAUGAUGCUAACAGAAACGCAGGGGAUGUUAACAGCACACAAGGCGUUUUGGGAUUUAACUUCUCGGAGGAUAUACCUGUCACAGGUUCCGAAGACUCAUUCACAGAGGAUAAUUUUGAGGCCAGUGUCAACGAGGAUUGUCCGCUAUUGUCACGUGUGAAUUAUAAUGUUUCCUUCAGAUGA